AUGUUGUACGAUUUUCUUUCCAGAAACCUAUGGUUGGACAAGACAAACGCGCCAUCUGUUGUCUCUGUUGUAAACGAGGUGUAGUAAGUCUCCGAAGCGCCCUCGAACGGUCAGCUUAUUGUUGUGGGGAAAGUAUUCGCUUAAAAGCUGACAUAGACAACCAGAGCGAAGAAGUAGUUCGACUCAAGUUGAAACUUGUACAGUACGUGGAGUUCUUCAUCGAUCGCGGUGUUUUGGGAAUCAACAAGGAAACAAACCAUACAGUACUAGAGUACAGGGGUGAUCCCAUUGAACCACAGACUAGAUCCAGGUUCGACAGUACCAACAGUCUUGUGGUGCCCGUCAUGCCUCCUACACUGAUAGGUAUCUGCAGACUACUGCAGAUGUACUACGUUUUAAAGGUGUGGGUGGAAUUCGAAAAAUCUGGAGAUGAGUUACACAUGAACUUUCCUAUCACUAUAGCAACAUGUCCUUUCCGUAUUCCCAACUCCAACCAACAACCACAGAUUGAAUACGAUGUGUCUUGUGAACAUGUUGAAGGUGGUAUGUACAUCGGUCCCGAGUUUCAGCUUGGUCAAGUGUACGACGGAACCCUGGGGAUCGAAGACGGAAACACGGUCGUUCUUUAUCGUCCUGUGUAUGUCUGUGUCCAUCACAACCGUAACAGCGCUUCUGUGUCACAGGAACAAAAAGACACAGGUCCCAGUACUAGCUGUCUUUUGGGUCGACGUACUUCGGACGCGAAAAUAUCUGAUGACAGUGAUAACACGACUCGCGUAUGAUAACUUAUUUUUCAUCGGUGUUAAAAAAAAGUUGCUUAAAUUAAUGGCUUUAAAUGGAGGGCAGAGUGGACCCAGGGGACGUUAUAGUAUUAAAGUAUCUGCCUUCAGCUUGCCUAUUAUUUAACUUCAGACAACGAUAGUUAUUUUUUUAAUUUGACUGUGACAAUUUCCUCUUCAUGUCUUGAGGAUAAAUUAUUUAUAAUGACUGACACCGCCUGUUCGUACACAAAUUGUCACAAAGUUGUUUUCGUAUGCACAAAUUUCUAAAUUCCAUCUUCAUUAGCUUUUCUCUCUACUCCUUUGUCAUGUUUCAAUAUUCACACAAUUUAUUUAUUAUUAAUACCCAAUUCGUGGUUCACACAAUCGUUGUAGAUUUUACACUGAUACUUUUUUGCUAUCAAACAAUUUUUAGGCCAGUUCUUGUAUGAAAAAAUAGAACAACACAUUAUUGACAUUAUACCAAAAUUCAAUGUAUUAAAUGUGUUCUUGUAAUAUGAAGCAGAAACAUUUUACAUUUAAUCAUGCGCAUCAGUUUACUGAAAAAAUGUUUUAUCAUAUUCCGCUUUUAAUACGCUCGUCAAAUUUUUAGACGUACGUAUGAAAUUCACGUAAAAAAAUUAUGACGUUUAAAUUCAUCACCUGUAAAAAAAAAUGCAUUAUACAGAAUUUCUGAUCACUGAAAUGAGAAAUUUAACGAAACCAUUUCUCGCAAUGCAUGAACGAUUUUUAAGCACGUAUCUACCUAAAAUCGUUCAUUAGUUUGUUUGUUUUUUAAUUCUGAUUAUCGUAAGCUCUUCUUUCCGCAAUAAACAAAAUCUCUUUGCCUAUAAUAAACGAAUGGACCGUUAGAUUAAUUUAUUUUCAGCUCAGAGCAAACGUAGAUUUUGUAAUUUGAAAAUCGAUUUUAAAAAAGGUUACUUAGAAUUAAAGGAAAUUCUGUCAACCUUUAGUUCAACAUACUGUAUGUAUAAAGUACGAAAUUUUAAUGAUAGUUCAGGUGACGUAAAAGUACUAUUAGGAAAACACACUUCAGCUAAUUAGAGUUUGAAUAUUGCCGUGAGGUGGAGCUUUUAAUCUUCUUUUAGUUCGCUAAAAUCGAACUGAACCAUGUUGUCACGACCCCAUCUUACAAAUAUUUCAUAUCUUUUGUUAGUUGUUGUUGUUGUGAACUAUUAAUUCGAUGGCAAGAAACAGCUUUAUUGUGCGUGGUUUAUAAUCUGACCAUUAUUACCACACAUGGACAUUUUGAAUUAUGAAAGAAGUGUUGUUUUUUUAAGUUUGUCAACUUGAUAAAUUUGACGCAUUUAUUGUUUUUCUUUUUAAUUCGUACACCGGUUACAAGUGGAGUUUUGAAAUUUAUAAAGAAGCGUAUUAUAUUUGAACCUUUCGUGAAUGCUGUAAGUUCACAGUUUUCGGUCAAGAAAAUUAAAAAUUUUAGUCUGAAAUGGCUAAAAUUAUGCUACGAUCGUAGACAAGACUGGUGGAAUGGAUUUGAGAAUAACCCAUCGUGUGGGGGGUGGUGAACAGCUUCUUCCUCAGUGAAGGAAAUAUUUAAGAAAACUUUUCUUGAUGUUAGGUUUUCACAGUUAUUUAUUGAAAUUCUGUUGAAAUCAACUGACGAUGAAAACUGUUAACUCGUUUUCCCGAGAGAGACAAUUUAAUGCUCUUACGAAAAAUGGUGUGACUUUUGUCGUAGACUUUAGAACGUUUUAUCUAAAUUUAAAAAAAAAAGGAAUUUGGCUGCUCUGAAACGAACAAAUUGUGACAGAAAAGCUUACAAAUAUUUCAGUGGUGUCGCCUCGUUGUUUAAUAUACCUCAGAAGAAUGGGCGUUGCUAGUUAUAACGGACAUCUAGAUAAACUGUAUCCAGAGAAAUUUGAUCCGACGUGUACGCUCAAUUCUGGAAUUCAUGACCGAAGGCGCAGAAGAUAACAAGCUAUAGGGACCAUCCCUUAGAUAUACUGGCACAUAUUUGCUAGCGUUACGCGAAAUAUUUUAUUGGUAUGCUGAUGAUGUCUUUUCGAUAUAUUUUGUUUUGUGAUGUUUAACGAUAAUUUUUGUUAGUUGUUAAACGUCAAACUUUAAUUUUGGUUUUGGUGUGGAUCUUCCUACACUUGUCUAUCGUCUGUGUGACAGUGAAGUUUAUUUUUAUAAUAUCCUACUGAGUAUGUCGUAUAAAGUCACUAAUGCAGUGAGUCUAAUAGAAAACGUCACACACUAGUGCCACCUAGUUAAGAGAAAAUUUAGUUGUUGUUGUUAUAGCAUACAAAAAACUGUAAUGAUAUUUACAUACACUCAUUUUUUGUGUAUAAUUUGAGGUAUUAUUUUAGGGACUUUCAUUGACAUCAAGAGAUGGCGCUAGCAUAGGGGAGCUUCUGCAUGAUUAUGAUUUGUGUAGUUAAAUUGUAGAUGGUUAGUGUUUCUUGUGACAGCAGUUACAUUUGUCUAAAUACAGUACUAUAGUGUUGACUUUAAAUAAAAGUGAGUUCAAAAGAUACA